AAUUAUACAUAUGUAAACAACAGCGGGAUCUCCUUUGAAUUGAACAACUAUUUUUUUAUUUAACUACGAAAUAAAGCCUAAAAUAUGAAACUUGUGGUAACCGGGAUAACGUUGACUAAGCCCUCGAGCUGUAGAGCUAUUAACAACUUGACACUAUUGCUAUUGGUGCGGUGUACCAAGCGAAAACAAACCCAAACCAAUCUAAGAUUGCAUUCGGUGCCGAAGAAUGAGCGCGAAUGUGACUCGGUGAGGUUAACCGACAUUAACCCGUGUCUGGACGUGCUGAAGAUCACGCAACUAUCCCGGCUUUGAAUAAAGUGAGACCUUCCAUCCAUAUAUGUAUGCAUCUUCGCUUGUGUGCGGAUUUUGUAAACAAUCUUAAGCAAUUCAUGUGUCUACGGAAACUGGAGUUGGAACUACGGAACUGAAGAAGGUUGCUCCCUUAUAUAGCGGAAGAUCUUGAUCACCUGGAAUCUCUGGAUGUGUCUUAAUCUGAUGGAUUCGAUUCCAAGAGGUUGCUGGAUUGCUGUCAAACAAUGAAGCGAUUGCGGUAUCUUCAAUUUGGACAUACUCAAAGCAUAAGUAUGAACUAUUUUUAAAUUCUGAUGAUUAACUGUCAGUAGCUGGAACGUCUGGCCUUUAAAGUAGCUUCUCAACUCAACUCUGCCCUUUAAACUGUAAUGCCAGUUGCCCAGGCUGCGACACCGUCCCCUUGGAGGACUUUCUGAAGCUAAAGAACCUUCUACACCUCCACAUAUACUUGCCAAGCGUUGCGAAUGUCAUGAAGGGUCUUCCUCGACCAGAAAUUUUUCAAUAUACUAGAUUGCGAUGGCAUAGAUAAAGUGAACUUGGUGAAAAGUUUUCGUACCUGGGUGAACAGAGGCAGCAGCAAGGGUAGAUCAAAAUCGAUCUCAAUAAUUUAUAUACAGACGAAGAUGCCCUAAUAAUAAACAAAGAAUUAGGUGAACGAGAGCAGAACUAGGAAACCUGCAGAUUUUUCUUGCAUAAUUUUCAUACAAAAAUGCAUUGAUGGUACUCUAAUAAAUAAAUACCCAGUUCAUUUUGCCGAAUGCUUAUAUAUGUAUAUGUUUUAUUCUUUGCCAAGAUCGCCUGGCUAUACGAAUCGCAUAAUAUUUUAUUAUAAUACUUUGACACUGCUAACAUUUUUAGCUCCUCGCUUAAAUGAGCAUACGUGCCGGCACACUGAUCCGAUACCCGGUAAGGAUAGAAUAUAAAUAAUAGAAUACGAUAGUAUAGAAAGUAAGAGUCAUUGCGAUGAGAAUAGAUGGAGAUCAGGCGCGAGAACAGCUCAGACGCUGUAACUGCAGCAGUGAAACGAAAAAGGCUGGAUAAAGAGACGAAAGAAAGGUGUAAUGUUUACUUAGUUGGCAAUUGACGAAUAAUAAUAGCCCUGGCUAUAAUAUCGGGCUUGAGAUCUACUCAAUCAGGCGUUCAGCCUAAUUAACGUGCAAAUUAAAUACAAAAAUACAUAUGUAAAUACAUAUAUUAUUCAGAUAGACCCCAGCAAGUAAGAAUUUCUCCAUCAAAAGCAAGAAAAAGAUGCAACACGGGUAGUCUAAACUGGUGUCCAAACACCGUGUCUAACUCACACACCUUGCAAAUUUGUAUAUUUUUCAUAGUAUUAUACAGUAUUUUUAAAGGCGCGAUUGGACUUGCACCCUCUUGUCCAAUGCUCCAUGUAGCAAACGUCGAUGUCGACACAAAAUCCAAGUUCAUGAAAUCAACAUACAAAUAACUAUCUAAUCUCAUGUUAUAAGUGCUCCAAAUUUCUAGGCAAAAAACCUAGCCAAAGGACUGAUAACUUGCCGCCCGGUCCCAUGCCGAGUAAUUCAGUCAGCUGGCGGCUACGAACGGAACAUACACCUAAGAAGCGAAAUGAGUCAACAAUUUUCUGGCAGUGAUGACGCACAGAAUGCAGAGGAAACCCAACCAAUUGUCCAUUUAAACGAGGAUUGCUGGAGAGUCGUAAUUGAUUAUCUGGACUUAGGAGACCAGUUAAGGUUCGCUUCCUCGAACGUGUGUUUUGGAGAGAUUUUCAAGAGAUACGCAAGCCGUCGGUACAAACAUAUUGAUGAAUCGUUGGCCAGUAGGAUUAACGACGAUUAUCUGAAACAACUGUUGCCCAUCGUUGGCGAGCAUCUGGUUAGUUACGACUCCGAGUUGGGGGACUAUCAUCAUCUGUGUCUCUUGGGGAGACACUGUACGAGUCUCAAGAAUCUGAAAAUCAAUCUUACGCUGUUAAGGGGAGGUGGGGACGAUCUAAACAGACUGAAUCUGGAAUUAAAAGGUGCCGGUUGGUGGAGUACGGAUGUUGUUUAUAAUUUUGAGAAAUUCCCAUGUCUACAGAAACUGGAGUUGAAGGCUGUCAGAUAUAACGGAAAAGGAUUGCAUGUUCUUGAUCAACUGGAAUAUCUGGAGCUGUUUGUUCUUGAUGGAUUUGAUGCCCAGAGCUUGGCGGAUUGCUGGCAAACGAUGACGAAAUUGCGGUAUCUUAAAUAUGGACACCAUAUUAAGAACCUCAGUGAGAAGCAUUUUGAAAUUCUGGUCACGAACUGCAAGCAGCUGGAACGUCUGGCCUUUGGCGUAGGAUACCUCGACUCUACGGUGCCCUAUGAGCUGGUCUGCCAUCUGCCCAGGCUGCAACAUUUGCAGGUGCGGCAUGGCGGUUCUCUACGCGACUCGUUCAUCGAGGGGUUGAUCAACAAGCAGGGUUCUCCUCUGGAUAGUCUUAUACUGGAAGGUUGCGCAUUGUCCGAGAAACAGGUUCAGCAUCUAUGCAAUAUUUCUUCACUCAAGGAACUCGAGGUAUCGUGCGACACCUUACCCUUGGCGGACUUACUGAAGCUGGAGAAUCUUCUCUACCUCCACAUAUCCAUGCCAAUUACAACUGACCAAAUUCUGGACCUCCUAAAGGGGCUUCCGCACCUAAAAGUUCUCAAUUUACGAGAUGAAAUAAAACAGUUUAACGAUUCAUCAUUUGUGAAUAGUGUUCGUGCCUGGGCAAGCGAACAGAGGAAGCAGCGCGGGAAGAUCAAAAUCUUUGUCGGAUACACAGAUAUACACGAUGUUUUGCACGUUAAUCCUUUGGUUGAAUUACUACAGGGUUAUUCAGGUCACAUAUUAAUAAACAAAGAACCGUUUUGAACGAAAGUCUACCAAUAUUUCCUCAAUAAUUUAUAAACCAGCUUCUAUGGGAUUUUACUAGUAAUAAAUGAAAAUCGAAUUCAUUUUUCCUAAUAUAUGUGAUAGUCGUUAUCAAAAUCGUUCAGUCCCGAUAAUGUAAUGAUAUUUUAUAUAUUCCCAGAUAUUAUUUAUUGCAUUAUAUAGAAACAAGCAAUAUGCAAAUAUACCUGUAAUAUUUAUAA